AUGCCAGCGUCCUCCCCGCCGCCGGCCAACGCCUUUUCAAGCAUCAGCAAUGAAGAGCUGACAUCCGCCAGGUGCUGCUUGAGCUCUUGCGGCCACGCGGGUGACAUGAAGCAGUGCACCAUUGUUAUGGAGUACAGGUUCAUCGGUGAGAACGAUUGUCACCCCGUCGAGACUGCGUGGAUCUGCUUGGUGUUGGUGGCAACGCAUGGCGCCAUUGUGUUGAUCGACCCUGUGUUCAAGGUCACCAAGAUUCAUCCGCAGUCUGCGCCCUGA